CCGACAACUCCGCGUCUUCCUACCGACAUGUCCACCACUCAGAAGACACAAAAGCCCAAGGCCGUGGCCAAGGGUAAAGGUAAGGCCGUAACGGACAAGAAGGUCGCCACUGCCAAGGCAGCGCGGAAGGCCGCCCUCGUAGGCACCAACAGCCACAAGUCGAAGAAGAUCCGUACAUCAGUGACAUUCCGUCGGCCAAAGACGCUUCAGCUGCCCAAAAACCCACGCUACCCUCGCAAGAGCAUCCCCCAUGCACCGCGGAUGGAUGCGCACCGGACGAUCAUCAGCCCCGUGAGCACGGAGAGCGCGAUGAAGAAGAUUGAGGAGCAUAACACGCUCGUGUUCCUCGUCAACCUCAGGAGCAACAAGAAGCAGAUCAAGGCGGCCGUGAAGGAACUGUAUGAUGCUGAUGCGGUCAAGAUCAACACGCUGAUAAGGCCUGACGGGAAGAAGAAGGCGUAUGUGAGGCUCACGGCGGAUCAUGAUGCUCUGGAUGUGGCCAACAAGAUUGGAUUCAUCUAAUCGGCUCGUUCGUUCGGAUACGUGAUGGGUGCUGCAUGCGACAUGCUGCAAGAGGGGUGUAGUGUUGUCCCAUAGGUUAUGUGACUAUGCAAUGGUACUACAUGCAUUUUCUUCAAG